CUUUUUCUGACCAGCUGUAUAUGGACAUUGGGCUAUCGAAUCGUUUGCUGAAUAUAAUGACUAACAAAAACCAUAUUUGCCUCUGUGAUCUCGUACAAAAAUUUAAAGAGUUUUUACCUAAAACCUACUAUACAAGAGGAAGUGAUCCCAAAGAGUCUGAUUACAUUUUGGCAUCACGCAUUAUACAAACGUGGCUGUUUCAAUCAAAUCGCUCUAAUGAUAAUAUGCGAGAACCAUUGGAUUUACCUUUUGAACAUGGUCAUGUAGAGAUUAUUUUUCAACAUGAAAAAGCACCCAAGGAUAGUGAUUGGAUAGCGGUGUGUGGUCAUGACUAUAGGCAUCCUUUGAAUCUAGUUGGCGUUCUGAUUUGUGUAUAACCAAAAAUUUAAUGGAAAACAUAACACGUUGUAUUUGUCCAGUAUCUGGUACUUAUGUGGUCAUGUUAACCAAACGUAAUAAUCAUUCUCAUCAUUUGUCCACCCCACCACGACCAAUUUUUGUCAUCAUUAGUUGUGUUUGUUGUUUAUUGCAAUCGUGCUCGGCAUUUAUUAUUCUACUGCCCAUUUGGUAUAAUCGUCAGUGUGCCAUAACAUUUUUAAAAAUGCAAUUUUGUGUCUCCACCUCGAGUAUAAUGGUGAUAUUUUUACUGGGAUUUUUGAAAAUGUUG